UUCAUUUUUUGCUUCAAUUCUCUUCUUCCUCUGCUUUUGCUUUGUUUUUUUUCACCAAAAAAUGGCUAUGGAGGAUCAGUUUCCCAAAACAGAAACCUUCAUGAACAAGGACUUGCAAUCUUAUUUCCAUGGCAUGGAAACUGGAUCCAAAUUCUUCAGUGAUUCAAUAUUUUGGGGUACUAAUUAUGUCGACAAUGGUAGUAGCAGUGGCAUGAAAUCAGCAUUGUCGUUGCCCGCAAAUGCAGAGAGCUUCGUUUCCGUGAAUUACUCAGAAUCAUUCCCAAAACUAGAACAAUCCCAUGUUUCUGAACCACCUUCUCCCCCAUCACUUACAAACAAUGCAUCAAAAUUCGCCGAUUUGGCUCCAUCGACAAGACUAAAGGAUCAAAAGAUUGAACCUUUGUCGCUGUCUCCAAGCCCUUCAAACUCCAAUAUUGCACAAAUUAGUCAAGUUCAUCAGAAUUUGACAAACUACCCUUCAAGAACUCACGAUGAGCACUGGCUUGGCGCGACGAAGACGCAGCCCAUGAAGUACACCGGACGAAGGAUACAGAAUCAAACAACGACAACAACAUCGUCGCCGGGGAAGCUAUUUAGGGGUGUCAGGCAAAGGCAUUGGGGAAAAUGGGUUGCAGAGAUAAGGUUACCGAGAAAUCGGACGCGGGUUUGGUUAGGGACUUUCGACACCGCAGAGGAGGCUGCCAUUGCAUAUGACACAGCAGCAUAUAUGUUAAGGGGAGAGUAUGCACAUUUGAAUUUUCCAGAUCUAAAGGAUCAACUUAAGUCCCCUAAUUCGUUGAACGGAACAACAGCUGCUCUUCUAGAAUCAAAGUUGCAAGCAAUCUCAAAGGGUCUUUCGGGCCGUAUAAAGCCUAACGAUGCAGACUCUUCGCCAAAAACAAAUGUCAAAUGUUUGAGCAGCCAUGACAGCAGCACAGGUAUAGCAAGAAAAGAGUGGCAGUUUGAAUUGGAUCAGAACAGAGUUGGAUCUGAAAUUAUAAAUGUUCAAGGCAAGAGAAGUAGUCAUCAAGGGAUGAUGACAUCAUACGUUGAUGCUGUUCAGCUAAGUAGAAUGUCUUCUGAUACCGACGGUCCCGUAGAAGGUGAUUGGUCAUUCCUCCGUCCCACGUAGCUUGGGUGGGAAGCUAUGAAAUGCUUUAUAUGAGCUAUCAUUAUAUGGGUUAUCACAUCCUUAACUAGUAAGCACGUUUUAACUUUGUCCUGGUGUGAAACCCGAAGUAAACAAUAUUGUGCGAGUGAUUUUCUCCCCAAAUCACUUGAAGAUAUAUAGCCUGAAUUAUGAAUUAUGUGUAUCUUCAUGUGGGUUUUAUGUAUUUUGAUUUUAUUAGCAUUGCAACUAAAG